AUUUCCGGGUCCUGACGGCGCCGAGGUCAGGAGGGUGUUCGUUGCGGCGUCUCCUCCAUAUCGUCCUCCACCUGCCUCUGCCUCUGCGUCUUUCUCUCCGCCGCCCCUCUGACCUCACAAGUUCACAGCAACAGCAUCAACAGCGACACGAAGACGUGCGUAAUGGCAGUUCCUCCAGCAUAUGCAGACCUUGGAAAAUCGGCAAAGGACAUCUUCAAUAAGGGAUACGGUUUUGGACUGGUCAAACUUGAUGUGAAGACAAAGGCUUCAUGUGGGGUGGAAUUUAAAACAUCUGGGUCGUCCAACGUAGACACCAGCAAGGUCACUGGAGCCCUGGAAACCAAGUACAAGUGGGCUGAAUAUGGGCUGACGUUCACAGAGAAGUGGACCACGGAAAACACACUCGGAACAGAAAUCUGUGUUGAGGAUCAGAUCACCAAAGGCCUGAAACUCACUUUUGACACUACAUUUUCACCAAAUACUGGCAAGAAGAGUGGCAAGGUCAAGACAGCUUAUAAAAGGGAAUACAUUAAUGUUGGAGUUGAUGCAGAUUUGGAUUUUGCUGGUCCUACUAUUCAUGGAGCAGCAGUAGCCGGCUAUGAGGGCUGGCUGGCUGGGUACCAGAUGACCUUUGACUCAGCCAAAUCCAAGAUGACCCAGAGCAACUUCGCGGUUGGCUACAAGACUGGGGACUUCCAGCUCCACACCAAUAUUAACGAUGGUUCAGAAUUUGGCGGAUCCAUUUACCAGAAGGUAAAUGACAAACUGGAGACUGCUGUGAAUCUUGCCUGGACGGCAGGUAGCAACGGCACUCGCUUUGGAAUUGCUGCCAAGUACCAGUUGGACUCCAGUGCCUCCAUAUCUGCUAAGGUGAAUAAUGCCAGCCUGGUAGGAAUUGGAUACAGCCAGACUCUGCGGCCUGGUAUAAAACUCCUCCUCUCAGCACUGGUGGAUGGAAAGAAUAUCAAUGCUGGUGGUCACAAACUAGGACUGGGCCUGGAGUUGGAGGCAUGAGGAUCUGCUCUGCCAAUUCAUUUGAAGAUGAAUAUCAGCUGAUUCUGACCCUGGGUCUGAUCUGGUCAGCAACAGAUAUUUUAACGAGAUGAAGCCAAAACAAAUACUCAAACCGAGUUCCCAAGCACUGUUAAGAUGGAAAACUUUCCAGUAGCCUCCUUUCAUUGUGGUUACAUUAAAUGUGUCACGUUUCAGCUACAUGAAUUUAUUAAUCAGUUGUUCCCUCUGCCAAUUUAUUCUACAUAAUGAAAGAAAAACCAUCCUCUGGGUGUUGGAGUUGGCCUCCUUUCUUUGACAAUCCAGGAAUGGUUAAAAAAAAGUGUGAUAACUUAGAAUGUAAAUCAGAGCUGUUAUUUUGCACAGUAGAACACUUCCCUUUAUUUAAGCUCUUUCUCCUUUUGUGUUAUUUGCACAUUUUAUUCAUAUUUUGGGAGUGACGUUCUGCCUGUUGGAAGGUUAACUACAACAAACAAUACUUAUCAAGAAAGGCUCAUCUUCACUUUCCUUCUAGAGAAGCUUAAUCGUGCUGUGUGAUGGGUUUUAGACCGCCACUACCUUAAAUACCUGCUUUAAGUUCCAAGAAAAUAAAAUGGAUUUUGAUUUUCCUCAGUGUGACAUGGGUGAAAGAAAAUCCUAGUGUAUCAUCCAUUUUUCUUCCCAUUCUUGAGGAUUGUGACACUUUAUCAGGAAGCAUUUUGUGUGUUGGUGUGCGUCUACCUUUGCAAUAAAGUCCUAAAAUCAA